AUGCCCUUGAUUUAUCUUACAACAAUUUCAGUGGCCAACUUCCUUCGUGUUUGGGCAACUCCAGGUCAAGUACCAAGAUCAUUAGCCAACUGCAGAGAGUUGGAAUAUCUAAAUGUUGGUAACAAUUUGAUCGGAGACACUUUUCCGUUUUGGUUGGCAACUCUUCCUGAGCUUAAGGUUCUUAUGUUGAGUUUCAAUGAGUUUUAUGGUGCAAUAUGGAAUGAUGAGACAGAUCACUCUUUCCCCAAGCUGCGAAUUAUAGACCUUUCUCACAACCAUUUCUCUGGAGGCUUGCCUUUGAAGUACUUUCAGUAUUUCAAUGCAAUGAAAGUUGUUUACUCAUCAUCAAAGUUAAAAUAUAUGCAGCUUAACCAGUCAUUUGACUUACAAGCAUACAAAAUCAAUCGAAAUUUCGGGUACUCAGUUACCUUGACAAACAAAGGCAUCAAGAUGACGUACACAAAGAUCCAAGAACUUCUGACAGCCAUAGAUUUUUCAAGCAAUGAAUUUGAAGGAGAAAUUCCAGAGUUACUUGGGAAUCUAAAAGGGCUUAGUUUGCUGAACCUUUCGAACAAUAAGCUUGUGGGUGGUAUACCGGCGUCUUUAGGAAGCAUUGAAGAGCUAGAGACAUUGGACCUUUCCCGAAACAAGCUCUCUGGAGAGAUCCCUCAGCAACUUACUAAAGCUCAACUUCCUCAGCUUCUUCAAUGUAAACAUGUAAAUACUGAGGCCUCAUCACCUCCUUCAAGAGCAGUUGACAAUGGUGAAAGCUCAGAAAAUGGAGUUGAACUUGACUGGAAAGCAGUUCUGAUGGGAUAUGGAAGUGGGGUUGUGUUUGGUGGUGUUAUAGGCUAUAUUGUGAUCCAAAAGAAACUGGACUGGUUUUUGGAUGCUUUUAGAAUCAGGAGGAGAGUUAUGUAA